UGGUUUCACUUUUGUCGCCCAGGCUGGAGUACAAUGGCACAAUCACGGCUCACUGCAACCUCUGCCUCCCAGGCUCAAGGAUCCUCCCGCCUCAGCCUCCUGAGUAGCUGGGACUACUCAGUCCCAUGCUCAUGUACAUGAGCCACCAUGUCCUGCUAAUUUUUGUAUUUUUUGUAGAGACGGGGUUUGGCCAUGUGGGCCAGGCUGGUCUUGAACUCCCGGGCUUAAGCGAUCCGCCCGCCUCGGCCUCCCAAAGUGAUGGGAUUACAAGCGUGAGCCACCGCACCCGGCAUCGUGGUCUCAAUAUUUCAUCCAGAAAGAGUCAAAGGCCUUGACCUCGAGCUUAACACGGACCUGAACCUUUGCUCUUCCCCCGUUUUCCCUUAUCAGUAAACAGCCCCACAGCCACCCAGCUGCACAAGCCAGAAGCUUGGAAAUCAUAUUCGACGUCCUCAUGCCCUUACAUCCAUCCAUUCCAAGUUCUGAUACUUUUGUCUCCAAAAUAUUCCUCAAAUAUUUCUCAAAGUGGGCAAAAUAUUUCUUUGCUCACUUUUUACUUCCCUCUGCUCCAAGCCACAAUCACCUGUCUCCUGGAAGACUACAAAAGGCUCACUGAUCUCCCAGCUCGCACUUUUGCACUCACUAUCUCCAGGCCACUCUCUGUUAUUUAUUUCUAUUGUUACUAUUAUUAUUUUGAGACGGAGUCUCGCUCUGUCGCUCAGGCUGGAGAGCAGUGACACGAUCUAGGCUCACCGCAAUCUCCGCCUCCCAGGUUCAAGCGAUUGAACCUCCAGCCUCAGCCUCCCGAGUAGCCUAUUAUUUAUUUCUAAAAGUAGGUGAUACAGCCAUAUGAUUUAACAAUUCCUGCUCUAUAGGUCCCCUCUCCAGAGGCAACAGGUGCUCUCCAUUCCGUGGUCUCCUUCCAGAUACUGUGGGCGUCCCUGGUGCUCACCUGGCCGGAUAUCUUCCCCCACCCACUUCCCCACAGAGCCCGGGGCCUCCUCGCUCCGCUUGAGACCCUCCAUCCAGGCGCUCCCUCCCUAUCGUCCGUCUCCCUUGGGCACUGCCCGGUCUCCCAGGCUGGGCUGAGUAGGCCAGUCUCUGGUCAGUCAUUCUUCUGUUCCAAAGCUCGAAAGCCUUCGCAGCACUGGGACUGAAACCCCCUGCUCUCAGCUCCGACUCCUUCAGGCCAGGUGCUCCCUCCGCAACCUCUCUAAGGCCCGUUUUCGCGUCAUCUCUUCCCAGCGGCCCGCCCGCCACGUCAUCUCUACCACAGCACCAGUCCUCCAUGGCCCUUGACAAUACUUGGGAGGGCAAGUUCAUAGGUGAGGGCUCAUGCUCUUCCUAGGAGGGAGGAGCGCGGCGGGCGGGACCGGCAGGUGGGCUUUGCCCGGGAGCGCGGAAUAAGCUCGCUCCGCGCCUCUCAGUUUAGUGGAGGAAGACUACUAUCCCAGAAACCCUUUCGCCUCGGCCUGGCAAGCUCCGCCUCGGCCUGGCGAGCUCCUCCCCGCCCUACUCCCUCCGCGCGAAGAAGACUGAGCACGCGCAACAGGGACUGCGCCUGCGCAAAAGUCUACGCGGGCGGGUGGCUGGGGGCACCGCAACUCCCGGCAGGCCGGUGGCAUUUUUCAUUCCCUCCCGUGACCAGUGACUUCCGGCACGAAGGGGCGGGGCUGGGCUCGUGGCUGAGCCAGCAGCUGCAGCAGCUACGGGAGUGGCCGGGUGGCCGGCGGGUGCCAGGCGCCAUGGAGGCCGUGCCCCGCAUGCCCAUGAUCUGGCUGGACCUGAAGGAGGCUGGUGACUUUCACUUCCAGCCAGCUGUGAAGAAGUUUGUCCUGAAGAAUUAUGGAGAGAACCCAGAAGCCUACAAUGAAGAACUGAAGAAGCUGGAGUUGCUCAGACAGAAUGCUGUCCGUGUCCCACGAGACUUUGAGGGCUGUAGUGUCCUCCGCAAGUACCUCGGCCAGCUUCAUUACCUGCAGAGUCGGGUCCCCAUGGGCUCGGGCCAGGAGGCUGCUGUCCCUGUCACCUGGACAGAGAUCUUCUCAGGCAAGUCUGUGGCUCAUGAGGACAUCAAGUACGAGCAGGCCUGUAUUCUCUACAACCUUGGAGCGCUGCACUCCAUGCUGGGGGCCAUGGACAAGCGGGUGUCUGAGGAGGGCAUGAAGGUCUCCUGUACCCAUUUCCAGUGCGCAGCUGGCGCCUUCGCCUACCUACGGGAGCACUUCCCUCAAGCCUACAGCGUCGACAUGAGCCGCCAGAUCCUUACGCUCAACGUCAACCUCAUGCUGGGCCAGGCUCAGGAGUGCCUCCUGGAGAAGUCGAUGUUGGACAACAGGAAGAGUUUUCUAGUGGCCCGCAUCAGUGCACAGGUGGUAGAUUACUACAAGGAGGCAUGCCGGGCUUUGGAGAACCCUGACACUGCCUCACUGCUGGGCCGGAUCCAGAAGGACUGGAAGAAGCUUGUGCAAAUGAAGAUCUACUACUUCGCAGCUGUGGCUCAUCUGCACAUGGGAAAGCAGGCCGAGGAGCAGCAGAAGUUCGGGGAGCGGGUUGCGUACUUCCAGAGCGCCCUGGACAAGCUCAAUGAAGCCAUCAAGUUGGCCAAGGGCCAGCCUGACACUGUGCAAGACGCGCUUCGCUUCACUAUGGAUGUCAUUGGGGGAAAGUACAAUUCUGCCAAGAAGGACAACGACUUCAUCUACCAUGAGGCUGUCCCAGCAUUGGACACCCUUCAGCCUGUAAAAGGAGCCCCCUUGGUGAAGCCCUUGCCAGUGAACCCCACAGACCCAGCUGUUACAGGCCCUGACAUCUUCGCCAAACUGGUACCCAUGGCUGCCCACGAGGCCUCGUCACUGUACAGUGAGGAGAAGGCCAAGCUGCUCCGGGAGAUGAUGGCCAAGAUUGAGGACAAGAAUGAGGUCCUGGACCAGUUCAUGGAUUCAAUGCAGUUGGAUCCCGAGACGGUGGACAACCUUGAUGCCUACAGCCACAUCCCACCCCAGCUCAUGGAGAAGUGUGCGGCCCUCAGUGUCCGGCCCGACACUGUCAGGAACCUUGUCCAGUCCAUGCAAGUGCUGUCAGGUGUGUUCACGGAUGUGGAGGCUUCCCUGAAGGACAUCAGAGAUCUGCUGGAAGAGGAUGAGCUGCUAGAGCAGAAGUUUCAGGAGGCGGUGGGUCAGGCGGGGGCCAUCUCCGCCCCCUCCAAGGCUGAGUUGGCAGAGGUGAGGCGAGAAUGGGCCAAGUACAUGGAAGUCCACGAGAAGGCCUCCUUCACCAACAGUGAGCUGCACCGUGCCAUGAACCUGCACGUCGGCAACCUGCGCCUGCUCAGUGGGCCGCUUGACCAGGUCCGGGCUGCCCUGCCCACACCGGUCCUAACCCCAGAGGACAAGGCCGUGCUGCAGAACCUAAAGCGCAUCCUGGCCAAGGUGCAGGAGAUGCGGGACCAGCGCGUAUCCCUGGAGCAGCAGCUGCGUGAGCUUAUCCAGAAAGAUGACAUCACUGCCUCGCUGGUCACCACAGACCACUCAGAGAUGAAGAAGCUGUUCGAGGAGCAGCUGAAAAAGUAUGACCAGCUGAAGGUGUACCUGGAGCAGAACCUGGCCGCCCAGGACCGUGUCCUCCGUGCACUGACAGAGGCCAACGUGCAGUACGCGGCCGUGCGGCGGGUACUCAGCGACCUGGACCAAAAGUGGAACUCCACGCUGCAGACCCUGGUGGCCUCGUAUGAAGCCUAUGAGGACCUGAUGAAGAAGUCGCAGGAGGGCAGGGACUUCUACGCAGAUCUGGAGAGCAAGGUGGCUGCUCUGCUGGAGCGCACGCAGUCCACCUGCCAGGCCCGCGAGGCUGCCCGCCAGCAGCUCCUGGACAGGGAGCUGAAGAAGAAGCCGCCGCCACGGCCCACAGCCCCAAAGCCACUGCUGCCCCGCAGGGAGGAGAGUGAGGCAGUGGAAGCAGGAGACCCCCCUGAGGAGCUGCGCAGCUUCCCCCCUGACAUGGUGGCUGGCCCACGACUGCCCGACACCUUCCUGGGAACUGCCACCCCGCUCCACUUUCCUCCCAGCCCCUUCCCCAGCUCCACAGGCCCAGGACCCCACUAUCUCUCAGGCCCCUUGCCCCCUGGUACCUACUCGGGCCCCACCCAGCUGAUACAGCCCAGGGCUCCAGGGCCCCCUGCAAUGCCCGUAGCACCUGGGCCUGCCCUCUACCCAGCCCCUGCCUACACACCGGAGCUGGGCCUUGUGCCCCGAUCCUCCCCACAGCAUGGCGUGGUGAGCAGUCCCUAUGUGGGGGUAGGGCCGGCCCCACCAGUUGCAGGUCUCCCCUCGGCCCCACCUCCUCAAUUCUCAGGCCCCGAGUUGGCCAUGGCGGUUCGGCCAGCCACCACCACAGUAGAUAGCAUCCAGGCGCCCAUCCCCAGCCACACAACCCCACGGCCAAACCCCACCCCUGCUCCUCCCCAGCCCUGCUUCCCUGUGCCCCCACCGCAGCCACUGCCCACGCCUUACACCUACCCCGUAGGGGCCAAGCAACCCAUCCCAGCCCAGCACCACUUCUCUCCUGGGAUUCCCGCAGGUUUUCCAGCCCCGAGGAUUGGGCCCCGGCCCCAGCCCCAGCCCCAGCCCCAGCCCCAGCCCCAGCCCCAUCCCCAUCCCCAUCCCCAUCCUCAGCCCCAUCCUUCACGAGCGUUUGGGCCUCAGCCCCCACAGCAGCCCCUUCCACUCCAGCAUCCACACCUCUUCCCACCCCAGGCCCCAGGACUCCUACCCCCACAGUCCCCCUACCCCUAUGCCCCUCAGCCUGGGGUCCUGGGGCAGCCGCCACCCCCACUACACACCCAGCUCUACCCAGGUCCUGCUCAAGACCCUCUGCCAGCCCACUCGGGGGCUCUGCCUUUCCCCAGCCCUGGGCCCCCUCAGCCUCCCCAUCCCCCACUGGGAUAUGGUCCUGCCCCUUCCACCAGACCCAUGGGCCCCCAGGCAGCCCCUCUUACCAUUCGAGGGCCCUCGUCUGCUGGCCAGUCCACCCCUAGUCCCCACCUGGUGCCUUCACCUGCCCCAUCUCCAGGGCCUGGUCCGGUACCCCCUCGUCCCCCAGCAGCAGAACCACCCCCUUGCCUGCGCCGAGGCACUGCAGCUGCAGACCUGCUCUCCUCCAGCCCGGAGAGCCAGCAUGGUGGCACUCAGCCUCCUGGGGGUGGGCAGCCCCUGCUGCAGCCCACCAAGGUGGACGCAGCUGAGGGCCGUCGGCCACAGGCCCUGCGGCUGAUUGAGCGGGACCCCUAUGAACAUCCUGAGAGGCUGCGGCAGUUGCAGCAGGAGCUGGAGGCCUUUCGGGGCCAGCUGGGGGAUGUGGGGGCUCUGGACACUGUCUGGCGAGAGCUGCAAGAUGCGCAGGAACAUGAUGCCCGAGGCCGUUCCAUUGCCAUCGCCCGCUGCUACUCACUGAAGAACCGGCACCAGGAUGUCAUGCCCUAUGACAGUAACCGUGUGGUGCUGCGCUCAGGCAAGGAUGACUACAUCAAUGCCAGCUGCGUGGAGGGGCUCUCCCCAUACUGCCCCCCGCUAGUGGCAACCCAGGCCCCACUGCCUGGCACAGCUGCUGACUUCUGGCUCAUGGUCCAUGAGCAGAAAGUGUCGGUCAUUGUCAUGCUGGUUUCUGAGGCUGAGAUGGAGAAGCAAAAAGUGGCACGCUACUUCCCCACCGAGAGGGGCCAGCCCAUGGUGCACGGUGCCCUGAGCCUGGCAUUGAGCAGCGUCCGCAGCACCGAAACCCAUGUGGAGCGCGUGCUGAGCCUGCAGUUCCGAGACCAGAGCCUGAAGCGCUCUCUUGUGCACCUGCACUUCCCCACUUGGCCUGAGUUAGGCCUGCCCGACAGCCCCAGCAACUUGCUGCGCUUCAUCCAGGAGGUGCACGCACAUUACCUGCAUCAGCGGCCGCUGCACACGCCCAUCAUUGUGCACUGCAGCUCUGGUGUGGGCCGCACGGGAGCCUUCGCACUGCUCUAUGCAGCUGUGCAGGAGGUGGAGGCUGGGAACGGAAUCCCUGAGCUGCCUCAGCUGGUGCGGCGCAUGCGGCAGCAGAGGAAGCACAUGCUGCAGGAGAAGCUGCACCUCAGGUUCUGCUAUGAGGCAGUGGUGAGACACGUGGAGCAGGUCCUGCAGCGCCAUGGUGUGCUCCCUCCAUGCAAACCCUUGGCCAGUGCAAGCAUCAGCCAGAAGAACCACCUUCCUCAGGACUCCCAGGACCUGGUCCUCGGUGGGGAUGUGCCCAUCAGCUCCAUCCAGGCCACCAUUGCCAAGCUCAGCAUCCGGCCUCCUGGGGGGUUGGAGUCCCCGGUUGCCAGCUUGCCAGGCCCUGCAGAGCCCCCAGGCCUCCCGCCAGCCAGCCUCCCAGAGUCUACCCCAAUCCCAUCUUCCUCCCCGCCCCCCCUUUCCUCCCCGCUACCUGAGGCUCCCCAGCCUAAGGAGGAGCCGCCAGUGCCUGAAGCCCCCAGCUCGGGGCCCCCCUCCUCCUCCCUGGAGUUGCUGGCCUCCUUGACCCCAGAGGCCUUCUCCCUGGACAGCUCCCUGCGGGGCAAACAGCGGAUGAGCAAGCAGAACUUUCUGCAGGCCCAUAACGGGCAAGGGCUGCGGGCCACCCGGCCCUCUGACGACCCCCUCAGCCUUCUGGAUCCACUCUGGACACUCAACAAGACCUGAACAGGUUUUGCCCACCUGGUCCUUACACUACAUCUUCUCUCAUGCCCGCCUGCCCACAUCCAGCAGAGCUUCUCAGUGGGCACACUCUCUUACUCCCCUUUCUGCUGCCUUUGGCCCUGCCUGGCCCAGCCCGCACCCCUGUGGGGUGGAGAUGUACUGCAGGCUCUGGGUCAGGUUCUGCUCCUUUAUGGGACCUGACAUUUUUCAGCUCUUUGCUAUUGAAAUAAUAAACCACCCUGUUCUGUG